AUGGCCAUCCUCGGCAGCGGCAUCCCCUUCUUCCACGUCGGCAUUGGGCCCAUAAUCGCGGCAUCCAUCGCGAUGCAGGUCAUCGUGGCGCUCGUGCCCAGCAUGAAGGAACUCACCAAAGAUGCGGUGGGGCAGCAUACCGUCCAGCAGUACACCCGGUACCUGAUGUUCGUGGUGGCCAUCAUACAGAGCUUCCUCACCGCGUCCGAGCUGAGGCAGUUCUACGUGGAAGGAUUAUCUCCCUUAGGGUACUACUGGACGAUCGUGCCGGUGUUCGUCCUCGGCUCGUGCGUCCUGGCGUGGAUCUCCGACGAGAUGACCGAUUUCGGCCUCGGCAACGGCUCGAGCGUGCUCAUCACCAUGUCCGUGUGUGGCGCUUACUGGAACGCGGCGAAGUACUACGCGCCAGCCUUACUCACGGCGUCGCUGGAACAGAUCCUCCCGUUCGUUGGUGCCGGACUGGCGCUCAUCGCGGGCAGCGUCCUGGUCCAGACGGGAACGUGCAAGGUGCCGCUGCUGUACUUCCAGGGCCCGUCCAUCCCGGGCCUGCCACGCGUGGUUCGCAAGGAUGUCGAUCACAUCCCUUUCAAGGUGAACCCGCUCGGCGUGCAGCCCGUGCUCGUGGCGGUGUUCAUGUGCGACGGUUUCAUGUGGCUCAACAAGAUCCUGGAUCCGCCGGGUUUCAUUCGCGCCGCGACAGAGUUUCUGUUCUCGAACGCGUCUCCGAUGUAUUACGUGACGUUUUUUCUGAUUGUGUUUGGAUUCAGCUACCUCGACCUUCAGGACACGCCGAAGGACGUGAGCGAGUACAUGGUCAAGAUCGGCGCGAGGAUUCCGGAUGUUAGGCCGGGAGAGGCGACGGUGCGGUACCUGUCGGAGUUGCAGAGCGGCAGCAGGUUCUUUGGGGGUCUGCUCCUCGGGAUUGUGGCGGUGGCGUGCACCAUGAUGGACCAGUGGAUGAAGGCGACCGUGGGCAUCUCCGUCGGUUUCACCAGCAUGUUGAUCGUGGUGUCGACUAUUCUUCAAAUACAACGGCAGGUGACCGCGCUGGCGCAAAUGCCCAAGCUCGACAGGGUGAUCAGUUCGCUGUGAUGA